AUGGUGGUGACCAGGAGGGUCAAGAAUCACACGGAUCAAACAUCUGUGUCCUUGAGCCCCUCUCAGCUUCUGGAGCGUUCCCUGAGUUCAGGAAACAUACCACCCAAGGGUCUACAUGCUAGUAUUCUCCAGCCCCUGUCAGCCAAGGGCGAUGGGUGGAAGUUCCAGCGUAUCCACGAGGAUUUGGAGUUAAAUGUAUGCGAUGGGCGAGGCGGGUCCCUCCAGGAUCAUGUCGUCGACAUCACUCAGGAGUUGGUGUUCACUGGCCGUGGCGACGUUUUGCAGGCGGCGGAGGCGGGCCUGGAGCUGCUCCUGCUCCCUCUUGAGCUCCAGGUAGGAGUGCGAGAAGGUGUGGAAGAUGGACGUGGCUGGGAAGGCCAUGAUGAGGAUCCCACUCAGGAUGCUGCUGAGGGCCACCAUCUGGCCCGGCACGCUGCGCGGGACCAUGUCUCCGUAGCCCACGGUCGUCAUGGAGAUGACGGCCCACCAAUAGGAGGCCGGGAUGCUGGUGAACUCCAGGACCCGGCCGGACUCAUUCUCGGCCACGUAGACCAGAGGGGAGAAGAGGGUGACGGCCACGCAGAGGAAGAGGAGGAGCAGGCCGAACUCGCGCGUGCAGCGGCGCACGGUGAGGCCCAGCGUCUGCAGCCCCAGCGAGUGGCGCGCCAGGCGCAUCACGUAGAGGAUGCGCAGCGCCCGCAGCACGCGCAGCGCCAGCCCCACCUUCUCCAGGAAUCAAGUCUCCUGAUGACAGAGCAUGAGAAGAGCUGGAGUAGACGGAUGCCAGGGUGCCGUGAGCGAGCAGAGGAGACUGAUGAGAGGCAGUGUGCCGUUCAAUGCUCAGAGAGGGCCAGUCGGACGCACCAAGAAGCGUGGCCAGCGCACCGUUACUACCAUCUAUCGCUCAGCUCUCCUGUGAACCACACGCUGAAUGAAACACACAUUUUAGCCCUUCCAACAGCCGGAUAUCAGAGACAGAUCCAAUCAUCCCCUCAGUCUAGAGAUGGAGACAUGGAGGCCUGGAGAAGCUCAAGAACUCAGAGCAGGAACCAUUUGUGCUUGCGCCCCAUCCUCACUGUCACAGCGUCAGAUGAGCCAUCCCGGAAGGACGUGCGUGCUGCGAGGCCUCUAGGGAAAAGGGUAUUGCUCCAGGCUUUCGGCUGCAAGGAGCUCAGCUAACCUGCCAUCGGGUGCUUCUCCUCACUCACCUGCCUCAGAGAGACCGCUUCAAGACAAGACCCUAAAGCGACACGCUCUUUUCAAGUGUAAUGAAAUAUUCUGGAUGUGGCAUUGGCCAGUGAACAAAUGAAGAUGUGAACCAUCGAAGUCCGUAUUAAUAGCAGUGUGUUUUUUCUCAAGAUUUAGAAGCUUUGCUUUCAGAAUCAGCCAUCUCUUAGCAGGUCU